UGAUGACCGAGACUCCCGAAGUUCCCCAGUUCUGCCAGGUCCUGUGGGACAGUGGUUACCACAGCCUGGCCAGGGCACUGGAAGACCCCCAGGCUGACCAGCGUGAGCAAGCUGAGGCUCUCAAAGACGAGGUCACAAGUCUGCAGCAACAGAACCGGCUCCUGACCAGGCGAGUACGGCAGCUGGAGUUGGACCAGCAGCGGACCAACAAGAAGCUCGCAGAAAUAACAGCAGAACUGAGAUGUAAGGACAGCCGGUACACCAUGCAAAGCUCUACUGAGGAGGACUUGCUAAAGAAGAGGAACAGAACGCUCAGGGAACUCUUAGAAAUGGAGGAACAAUACAGGAGACGUAUGACAAAACAAAGGGAUGGGCAUGUACAGAAGUCAUUAUAGUGGUCUUUAUUUUAUAUAAAGGAGAAAAAUAUGAAAUGCCUCCAGCCCAUACCAGGACUGCUGGGCAUUUAAAAUGUGUGGGUAGCAGGGCAUCUUUUGUGUAAAUAUAAAGAAACUGCUGUGCAUAUGGGCAUACAAUGCCAGUUCCAUCUGCUGCUAAUGCUAACAUGUUUUAGGAAGAUUUUGCAAGCUGUUAUGUAGGUUACAAUCCUUGUAUCUAAAAUAGGAUUUGAGAAUCUGAUAUGAAAGACUAACAUUUGAAUGGUGGUUGGAAUGAAGUUUUUAUUUGUCACAACUGCUGUUGCUGAAUAAAGGGCAGGAAUCAA